AUGAACACCACCUCAUAUCCCCUGUCGUACCAAACAGUCGGUCAUCUGGGUGACUCAGAAUUCAAGCUUCAAUCCAUAUCAACAGACCUGUCACUUCGUCUACCAAGGAAUGAGGAUAUCCCUGUGAUUUUGAAUAUUCUUCAAAACAAAGCAAACUCAGAAUUCGACAAGUCCAUCUCCGAAGCCACAUCUGAAGAGCUCGAGGGAAUCGCUCGACGAUGGACAUCCCUCCCUCAACCACUCACCUAUCUGAACUUUUUAAUUUGGCAUCGCGACACGCCUAUCGGAAUCGCUGGCCUGGGUUGGAUCGGUGCGACCGAUGGAGAUGAAGCUGAAAGUAACCUAUCCCGAGCUGGCGCAGCGGGCGUGAUCCUUGAGCCGGUCGCGCGAGGCAAAGGGUAUGCCUAUGAAGCACUGCGGAUGGUUUUUGAUUAUGGGCUUUAUGGAUUGGGCCUCGUGGAGAUUCGAGUCGGCAGUCAUUCUGGGAACGUGCCGAUGAAAAGGCUGAUGGAGCAGAGUUUUGGCUUAGAGGCAGAAUGGAACAGUGGGGAUGAUAGCGGACAGUUGGCCGAGCUUGAGAAGGCAUGA